AUGGACCCUGACGCCAGCAUCACUCCGGACCAACCCCCGGUAUUCAACUACAUCCUCUCCUUCCUCCUAGUCGGCGUAGCAUGGGGCUUCACAACUCCCUUCAUCCGCCGCGCCGCAGCCGACUUCAACGCGCGCCAGGAGCAACACUCCCAGUCACAGCCCCAAGCACAAGCAUCGCAGUCGCAGGAACCUGAUCCCGACGCCCAAGAACUACAGCAAACAAACACAGACCACGAACCUGCCCCUAACACCCAUCCGUCAGACGAAGAAGAAGAUGAAGACCACCCUCUACCAGCAGCAGGUACCCAACAACAACAGCAACAACAGCCCGCAUGGAUGCGCCCAUCGCAGUCCUGGCUCAAAACAAAAAUCACAACUAUAUUCUGGACAGUUAUCAAUCUCCUCCGUACGCCCGCGUACUCCGUUCCCCUGAUUAUUAACUUGACGGGGAGUAUUUGGUUCUUCCUUCUUGUUGGGAAACAUGAACUAUCCCUAACAGUGCCCCUUACUAAUUCGAGUGCCUUCCUCUUCACUGUUCUGGGGGAGUGGUAUGUGGAACGGAAGGUUAUUGAGAAGGAGACUUGGUUGGGGAUGGUGCUUGUGUUGGGGGGAAUUGGUAUUUGUGUUAAGCCUAAGAGUUAG